UAUUUCUAUUCUACAGGAGGGUCGGGGAGGUGUCACGUGAACCCACAGCAUCUUACAAGGAUUCAAACCCAGGCCAGGAAGCCUGAGCUUUUGUUCUCAGUCAAACUGUCCCACUGUCCCCAGUUUCUUCCCACUCGUCCAAAACAGCUCUCUCUUCAGCUGCCUGAAGGACCUUGUGGUUUCCUUAUUACGUCACCCGUUCAGUCACAGUUGGGCUGAGAGCGGAGCGUGGCCCGGCCCGCCAGGUCCCCAGGGCAGGCCUGCCGGCCCAGCCCAGGCCAGCCUGGCCUAGCCACACACGCACCAUGAAGUACCCUCUGGUGCCGCUGGUGAACGAGCUGACGUUUUCUUUCCUGGUGUUCUGGCUCUGUCUGCCCGUGGCUUUGCUGUUGUUCUUGCUGAUCGUCUGGCUAUACUUCUUACUCAGCCAAGAUUCAGAGGAAAAUGACUCAGAUGUUUGCUUUGACUGGGAGCCCUGGAGCAAAUUCCCCGCCAAGUUUUGCCAGAAGACGUUGCAUAGCCAAGAGGAGGAGAGGCCCUGCUAGUGAGGCUAUUCUGCCAGAUCCAAUGUUCCACUGCUUCCCAGCCUGGUUUUCCCAGAGUCAGCGGGGCUGCAGCAGCGGCCGAGGUGGAUGGGAGACUUGCCGGGGAGGGGAGAGGACUUUGGUGAGUGAGCUGCUCCCCAGGGACCCCCGACUCGUCUCCUCCACUGAUGGACACACGAACGCCUCCAGAGACCCGGCUCUUCUCCGUUACAGACCACCUCCCAGUCCCCCCAGGGAGGAGCCUGAGCCUGUGAAGACAGUAUAAGCUGGCCCUUGGGGAGAAGCUGCCGACUGAACUCAGAGGCCCGUGAGGGCAGGCCCCAGAGAAACCUGCUGGGCCUGACCAAGUCCACUCACUUGACAAGCUGUGCAGCCCGGGCCCAGCCCUGGUACCACCUUGAGCCAUCCUGACCUUUGGGAAUCUCUUUCCCACCUGUUCAAAGGGCUGGGGGAUCUUGCUCUGAACUUCUGUUUUCUAAUUCAAACUCACUGUAUGUGAAAUCAAGCUCAAAAUCACUCAUCCUUUUUUUUUGACCAUGCCACGCAACUUGCAGGAUCUUAGUUCCCUGACCAGGGAUUGAACCCUGGGUCCCCGGCAGUGAAAGUGCCGAGUCCUAACCGCUGGACCACCAGGGAAUUCCCUCAAACUGACUCCUUGAUUAGUCUUCAGGUUGAUUUUAAUAACAAAUAUUAAUUUUAUAACUAUGUACAUUAUCUGCCAUUUGCCUAGUUACAAUAGGAAGAGCUCACCUUUAGUGGGUGCUUACUGUGUGCUAGGUGCUUCACUAUGCAUUUUUUAUACACAUGAUUGUUUUUUCUUUUUUUUUUUUGCCACGUUGGGUCUUCAUUGCUCCACACGGGCUUUCUCUAGUUGCGGCGAGCGUGGGCUACACCUCGUUGCGGUGC